AUGCACGAGAUCCAAACGGUGGCUAAGGAAUACAUAAAUGACGAAGAAGUCAGCCAGGUCGUGGCCGCCAAUAAACGGCAUUCCGACUACAAUCAACCUGGGCAACAGGGUAACGGGGAGAGACACAAAGAACAAGCCAAGGAGGGAGGACCGACCAAGGCACACAGAUCGUUUCCCCGGAUCGGGAAGUUCACCAACUACACUCCACUCACCCUUCCCAUUGUGGAAGUUUAUCAGCAAAUAGCCGAGAGAGGGAUCUUGUCGAAGCCCCAACCACUCAAGGACCGAACGGGGGGGAACAAGAGCCUCUACUGUGACUACCACAAGGGCUACGGACACCAAACUCAAGACUGCUUUGACCUGAGGGAUGCAUUAGAGCAAGCAAUAAGAGAUGGCAAACUCUCUGAGUUCUCCCAUCUCAUACGGGAGCUAAGGAGACGGCAAUGCGACCAAGACAGCAAAGAGGCCAAGACCCGAGCGGCAAAGCGGCGACAAGAGCCAGAAGACAAAGACCACGGUCUUACGGUGAUAAACGUAGUAACCGCCAAAAACUCCACUCCGAGGUCUAGGUCAGCUCACAAGAAAGACGCCAAAAUCCUAGCAGUCUUCUCCGCCCCAAUGAGAAGUUCUAAGAGGCCCCCAUGCGUCUCCUUUGGCCCCGAAGACCAAUGGUUCGACGAGGCAUCCGAGAACCCACCUAUGGUCAUCACGGCCAGGGUGGGAACCGGCCUCGUCAAACGGAUCCUUGUCGACACGGGGGCAGACUCAAACAUCAUGUUUCACAAUGUGUUCGACGCUCUAUGA